UCCUAAUCGAGUCCUGUCGACUGUUACUUUGUUAACCUGAAGUGAAACAUUUCCGAAACUCGUGUUUCAGAAUCACAUGGGGCUGCAACACUCUGUGUUACCACAGCGAGGAAAAAGAUGAGGAAAAACCCGAGAGGAAGCGUUUUAAUCUGUGGUAUCCUUCUAAUUAUCAUACCCAAAACAGUCGUUGGUUUGACAUGCGGAGGAAAAUGUGGCAGUGUCCUGGAGGACUGCUCCUGUCGUCCCGCAUGUGUUUCUCUAAAGAACUGCUGUGAAGACUACAAGCAAUCCUGUCUCCAGCUGGCUCCUCACUCCAGCUGCAUGCUGGGAGGAAGAGCUCUCAGGGUCCUUGGUUUGGUCCUUCAUCCUGGCUCUCAGCUUCACUGCAGAUUCAAAGGGGAGAUUGAGCGAGACGGCUUCAUUGAUGCUGAAGGACACGCGUACUGUGUCUCUCCUCUGUUGUAUGAGACGGGUUGGAUAACAGUAGAUAUCUCAACAGAUGGAAAACACUUUGACAGAUCUGCAGAGUUCUUGUCAGUGCAUCCCAGUAAAGCGGACCGUGCGUUUGAGGUCACCCUGGUGAAUUCGACACAGUGGCAGCACUAUGGCACUCCGAACGUUGGAGGCCAGCUCAAGAUGACCUGGAACAGCUCUCUGAUCAGAGCAGACCGGAUCAACGUGGAGCUGUGGGGUUACAGAGAGGUCGACAGGGGCGCUGCAGCAGGGGCGAAUGGAUCGUCCUCUCUGCGAGCAGAGCUGAGCUAUCUGUACUCGGUCGGCAGAAAUCUGCCCAACUCUGGUGGCUUCAGCUUCAUUCCUGAGCCCAAAGACGACUACCGCCCCUGGGAGCUGGGAAAUAUUCGCAUCAUUUCCAGUGCUGAAUCUGAUGGGGCAAGGGACGUGGAGGCGCUGUGGAGUGCGGGUCACGUCUUGGCCUGGCAUCUUGAGCAGUCCUUCAGAGACGACUCCUCGGCCUGGGCACGGCGCAAGUGUCUGCAGUGGGAAGUCCUGGAGGAGAAGGCGCCCGACUUCCUCAGUGAGCUCGUGGACUGCCCCUGCACUCUGGCACAGGCCCGAGCAGACACAGGGAGGUUUCAUACUGAUUAUAGUUGCAACAUUGAGACUGGGAGUGUGUGUUCUUAUCAUCCAGGCAGUGCUCACUGUGUCCGAGCGAUUCAAGCCAGCCCUGUGCACGGCUCGGGGCAGCAGUGCUGCUACGAUGGGAUGGGCGCCCUGAUGGUGACCGGAGACUCAUUUGGGGGUGGGACCCCUGACCGGGCUCACGACUGGGGUUCCCCCCCGUACAGAGAGCCCCCUCGCGUGCCGGGUUAUUCCCACUGGCUUUAUGAUGUUCUGAGCUUCUGCUACUGCUGCCUGUGGUCUGACCUUUGCCAAAUCUACUUAAAACACCGACCUUCAAGUGAGUGUCGCAAGUACCAGCCACCGAAAGCAGGCGUUGUCCUCGGGGAUCCACACUUCAUAACGUUUGAUGGCCUGAAAUACACUUUCAACGGCAGAGGAGAGUAUCACCUCGUGUCUUCUCCACACAGAGAGCUGAGUGUUCAGGCCCGAACAGAACAGGUGAAACUGCACAACGGCACCUUGGUGAAAGCUACGCAGCUGUGCUCCGUGGCGAUGAAGGAGAAGACGUCGGACUCCGUCGAGGUGCGUCUGGCUGACGGUCGUCUGCAGGUGUUGAGAAACCAACAGGUUUUGCCUUUCACAGAGCAGAGAUGGAUGGAUCUGCACGGAGUGUUUGUGUUCGUGCCCUGUCCCGAGAACGUGACGGUCAGCUUCUCCUCUGGUACUGCUGUGGAAGUCCGUUUGCUUGAAGGCACCAUGGCAGUGACUGUUCUGCUUCCUGCGGAGUUUUCCAACCGCACGCAGGGCCUCCUUGGAGUGAUGAACUCGGACCAGGCGGAUGACCUUAUGACCCCGCUGGGAGAGGUUGUCCCGGCGGACUCUACACCAGGGGAGAUCUUUACCUUUGGAGCAGGCUGGAACAUUUCAAACAAGUCUUCACUUUUCACGUAUGACUCGGAGUACCUUUUGGAUUCCUACACCUCCUGGAGCCAUGACACUACGUUUGUUCCUAACUUUUCUCCACCUGAGAGACCCGACGGCCCUCUGGUGUCAGACAUGUCAGUGCUGUGCUCUGGAGAAGGGGCCGACUUCUGUAAAUACGACACUCUGGUAGCUGGGAGCCUCUCGAUGGGAAAUGCCACACUCAGGGCCUACCGAAGCCAUCAAGCGCUGGAGAAAGCCCUGCAGCCAGUGGUGUCUUGCGGCUGGCUUACCACGCCUAAGAAUGGUAAAAAGGAUGGGACGCGCUACCUGGAGGGAGACGCUCUGAGCUUCUCCUGCGAUGAAGGCUACACACGGCACGGUUCAGCAGAGCGCACGUGUCUGGACGACGGGACGUGGACGGGACAGCAGCCACAGUGUGUCAGAGAUGAUGUUGUGGCGCUGGCGCUCGGCGCCGUGGGCUCCCUCUCAGCUCUGUUCACUGUGGGGGUAAUGGUCAGACUGCACAACAGGAAACGUAGCAGAGUGACAAAAAGGAAUCCAGACCAGACGGAGACCCAAGAACAGACUUGCUAAACCAUCAAAGUGUUUUUCGACAGUGGAUGAGGAACAUGGCCUCUGGCCACAGAUGUGUUUCAGGCAGGAAAUCCUGCAGCGGUGCUGACCAUUUGACCUCCUGACCCAGUGAGGAUUUCCUUCUGAGAUUAAUAAAGUAUUUCUAUUCUAUUCUAUUGAAGAAAGCCUCAGGUGUUCGGCUCGCGGCGUGUUGUUUGCCCUGAUGUUUUCCCUCUUGUUUAGAUUGGAAAACCUCCAGGUUGUGGUAAAUGGCGCAUGGGGUGACGACUGAGCGAACUGAAGUCAAGGGAAAAUCUGUGAUUGUUUUUAUAUCCACAUUCUGCAUGACUGAAUGUCCGAUCUGUGCUCGAGAGAGAGAGUUGUAUACAUACGGCACGGAGAUAUCAUCAUCACAAUCAACACUUCCUUCUCCCGUUCACUUUAAAA